AUGUUGAUUGUCGACCCCUUCCAGCCCGGGGUAGUCCAGGCCAUCUCAUCCGCGGAAGACACCCAGCUCCUGGGCCGCCUCGAUCUUGAGGACGCGAGCUCUCAGCAGGAUCCUAUAUUGGCAACAAUAGAGAAAAUUGAAUAUGCGUUGACUCAGCUGUUCGACUACUCUGCUUUUACUGGUAUCUUGUUGGCGAACUGGGAGGAAAAGCUCGGUUCAGAAUGCUGGAGACUCGUUAUCAAGGCCCUUCGCCAGACAGGGCUGUCGGUAUUUCUCGAAACUGCGCCUCCAGACUUUCUCAAGGACCGCAACGCCUUGCAACCGGAUAGCAUCUCCGGAUUGGUUAUUCGAAACGCCAGCAUCCUUCCCAAUGGCAAGAAGCGCGAUUACUUCCAGCUGGAGAACGUGAGGCCAACAAUCAAGGCUUUUGUCUCGGAGGCUUGCAUGCGAGACUUUGUGGUCGUGGCUUGGGAAACGAUCGAUGACGAUGCGUCUCUGUCGAAUGCGGUAAUUCGGAGGUCGUUGCAAUGGUGCAAUUUCUACAGCGCGAUCCCUUGGAUAGGCCGCGAGUCAGCCCUUGGCAACAUUGCACUUAACACCAAGUUACCAGAGCCCCUGUCCUCGUUCGGCUGGUUAAAGGACCCUGAGAUUAUGAACGCCCAUGAGAGCUGGCGAUCGAAUGGGACUGUUGCAGCGGAUACGCAGAGCGCUGAUAGCAAUGCCUGGGAUAAGCUGGUUUCUCUUUUCCCGUCUUUGCACCAUGUUCUGUCAUCGUCCGAGCGCCAGGAGCCGACAAAUGAGGAUCUAACCACGACUAUCCGUGACCCCCCAGAUUGGGUCUCUCAAGCCAAGUCGCAAAGCAACCCGCUCUCCACAUCCAUGGCAGGAGUGGAAUACGGGCCAUUCGGCUGCUUCCCCCUCGGUGCCGACGCUACUGCAAGCUCGUUUGCCGAGAUCCUCAAGUCUCAGCAGCGUCUCCAGUCGCUUGGCCUCCUCCACCCGGUACCUGCUGCCAAGAUCCAGAGCCUCGGGUCCCUCUUUCGGCAGUUCCACGAUGCCUUUGCGUUGCCGAUAUGGGGUGCAUCAGAUCAACUUACUGCGCACCUUAAAGAACUCUGCAACCUGGUAUCCGGCGACCAACUCCGUGUUCAUCUCGGCUUGGACUCUGGAUUUCGCAGAAACACCGAUAUCCGCUUCUGGAGUGUGUAUCAGUUUGAUUCAGAGGGGCUGGAUGUGUUUGUUUCAAAGAACGUGCAAGGCUUGGCUGGAACAGUCCUUCACACGUUUUUGUCCGCCAAAGGUUGCCCACGCCAUGUUUGCUUUGGAGCUGAGGCCGCUCUGGCGAAAUGGUCGAAGGAUGUUGUAGAAGAUACCGGGUUGCCGCGCCGCCUGAUGCGCGAUAUUGAUGUUCUCAGCCCCGAGGAGCGACUCCUUUUGUUGCAGCAUCUAUCCUUGACCGAUGCCGCGAGCGACUUGACAAAGGCUAUCUGCGCCCAUCUUCAAUCACAACUUUUGGAAGGAACCUCCUUGAUACAGCUCAAGCAGGUCAACACAAUCUCGUACCUGGAAGGGUCUGCUUCGCCGGAGACACUCAUCAAUAGCCGUGUCAAGUGGUAUCGAGACCAAGGGUGCGCCCACCCUUCGAUUUCCGCCUCUAUCGCGUUCUUCCGUGAGGUCGAGUAUGUCUUUACUCAGAUUCUCAAAGAGCGCCGUGAAUCAGACCUUGAGCAGAUUUCGAGCGCGCUUUCUCAGCUGGUACAAGCCGGACAUAUUGAUGCCAAUGUUGAUAUUCUGGCAUUGUCGCUGUUCUGCGCUGCUAGGAAAGGUGCCAUCGACGAGAUCUACGAAGAGGUAACUGACCGUAACCCCUUGUUCAACCACCACUCAGAUCAGGCUGCUGCAUUCGCUGAAUCUUUUGCUCUCGGGUCGCGCUGUGAAGCGUAUUUUGAUAUCUCUCCCAGCGCGUUUGGCAAGUUGCUGUCGGAUCGGUUCCGCAAGCAUUACAAGAACGAGAAGCUUCCCAACUGGAUCAAUGGUGCUCCUGAGAUGGCUACCUCGUACGCCGGCGCUCAGAUUGACGUCAAUCCCGGCGACAAGGUCAAGCCGAUGCGCGGAUAUCAGCGUUUUACCUUCAUGAGUGUUUUUGCCUUUCCAGCUCUGAUUGAUAUUGUCCUCCUCACGCUCAUCGGACGUGGGCUGUACCUCUCUGCCUUCAUGACAUUUGAUGAGCAGAACAGUGCCACCACUGCAUUGAUGAUUUCUCUAGUGCUGUCCGGUGGUGUCGGUACAUGGAUUGCCUGCGGCGGCCCGUACUAUCUCAUCUCUAUGGCGUUUGCUGCCACAAACAUGUUCAUUCUCAUCCGACUCAUUGCCGGUCUCGCAUUCACAGUGGCUGCUGGACUCAUCGGGUUCGUCAUCGUCUCCGGCGUGACUAGCCCUCGAGCUGGAAUCGUGUUCUACCUCUACCUUGUCGCUCUCACGGCCUACUUCACCGGCUUCGCCUGUCUCGCCAGUUUCAGCUACCCGGGAACCUCGUUUUUGUCCGGUCGCAAAGUCAUUUUCAUGUGUAUUCCUAUUUUGUUCAUCUCGCCUGUCGUUACGACCUUUGCAGGCCAUGACUCUGCAAUCUACCUCGCCGUCAUCUACGUCUUCAUUGGCGCUCUCAUGGUGGGUCUGCGGAGCGUUUCUUCGAAAUGGGUUACCUGGUAUCAGAAUAUCAGGAGAACAGACGACACGGAAAUCCGAAAGUGGUACAUUGAGGUACAUGGUGAAGGAGACGAGAAGGUCUUUGGAAACUUGAGUGACCCAGCAGUACUCAAGCUAUCAAGAGAGGCACUUAUGAAAGAUGUUUCCACCGAGCUGAACCGGUGGUUCUUCCAGAAACCCAAGACUACCAGCACACUUGUUCUCGAGCUUGCACGGGAUUGGGAAGCGACAAACUUCCUUCUCGAUUGGUACUGUCGCUAUGCUGAUGUGCCUCGGCCGAUCGCCUUCAGCUCCUCCUGGAACACACAAACAAAGGUCGCGCUCGAGUCACUUCGGGCCGCCCAGAAGGGCAUCAGACUGCACAAUGCCUUUAUUCACUGGCGCCAGUCGAGCAGGGAAAUUGGCUGCGGAGUGCUUUACUUUGUUGUUGCUCUUCUCGACAAGUGGGUGGAACUUCUUAGUGGUGGCCAUCUCAUUGGUCUUUCUGCUUCCCUGACAACUGCUUACCGCAUGGCGGUUGGUUUCUCGUUGGCAUACUAUCUAAUUGGCGCGGUGUUGAUUGACACAAAAGCCCAAGAGCUACACACUUUGGUCGGAAGCCACACUCCCCUCGCUCUGCAAACCGCCAAGGAUAUCCGAAACUCGCAAAAGCGAGAUGUCAAAUUCAAGCGAAAGAUCUAUUGGAAGAUAUUCUUUAAGUUCCUCAUGUGGCACUCAUGGGGACUUGCAUUCUCCACCGCUCUUGUGUGGACGUUCCAGGCACAUAUGGAAGCGAUGAUCAUGUUUCUCGCGUACGUUGGGGCGUACACUGGUUUACUCUGGUACCAGUAUACCAAGAUCUUCACUGGACCUCAUGCUUUGAAGCCUUUAUUGACCGGGUCCCUCGUCGGUCUGCCCAUCGGCAUCGCGCUCAAACUCUGUUUCCCGCACUUUAUGUAUUCGCAGGUUAUUGGUCUUGGGGCUGCGACAUGGACAGUCGCUAUUCUGUCUCUUAUUCCAGCAAAGAUGGGCAUGCCGAAACGCGUUGACUCUCCCGUGGAGCUAGGCAAGACCUUCCAUGCUUACACUGCACCGUGGGGCGACCCCGACUGGAGCCAGCAGGAACUGCAAACCUUCUACGAGAGCAUCUCUCUUCUCCCCACAGAUGCUCGUCUCAGGUUGGAGCCCGGGUCCCAUCCUGGACUCGAAGUGAAACAGCUCAUCCUCUCUCGGCGAAGGGAGCCCAGAAUCGAAGAGGCCUUCCCGCAUUCGCAAGAACUCGUUGACACGGCGCUCAAGGCCUGGGAAACAGGCGAGGUUCUGCUCGAGCUCGUCCCUCUUGGCUCGCUAGGCCCUAGUAUUCAUGCCUUGAGCUGCAGCUCGAGCGACCAGCUGACGAUCGCCGUCGCCGUCGGAAGAGGCCUGAACCAGCGGAUCGAGGUCAGCGCCAACUGUCAGGUCAUUGCCGAGACUCUUCUUCACGCCGUUGCCGAAUCCAUUAUGCAGAUGCCCCAUGAGCACGCCGUGCUUGCCGAGUCCCUCGUUGCGGCUGGCGUGACUGAAACCACAGCGCGACAGCUCCGCGAUGAGUCCGAUACGCCUCUUGUCGUGCGCUGGGCGAAGAAGGAACUCUUGCGCCAGCUAUGUCUUGGCUUCGAGUGCGAUGUUCACUGGGAGAAGCUGCCCAAGGCUAUCAGAAAGGCGUUGCUGAGUCGCUGCCUGGGCGAGCGGUGUCAACUCUCGGAAAAACACUACCAGUGGCUCGAAGAGAGUAUCUGCCAGUUCGACAUUAAAGACCUUGCCAUUCACAUUGCGCGAAGCAAUCUCGGGGCCGCCGCGGCCGUCAGUAUCCUUGAUUAUGCGAAUUAUGGGACCGGUGAAGCUGGGGCACUCAAGGACGCCGAAACUCCUGCAUACAUCCCAUACCUGCCCAAGCAGAUCCCGGCGAUGGCCUACUUUAUUCUGAAGCCGUUGGUUUCCGUUUACUAUGCGGUCGGCCAGGCUCUGAAGUUUGUGGUUGUGGCCCUCGUCGCCGACCCCGAGUUCCAGAGAGAAUACAACCAUAUCAUGAGCGCGUAUCCCGCUGUUGUGCGAGUACCGGCUACCUUUGGCUUGAACAUGGUCUGGAAGUAUGCAAAGGCGGUGCAGGACCUUGGACUGUCUUUUUUCCUCUUCUACCGUCGAGACAACGUUAAGCAGAUCUGGAACGAGACAAAAGGAAUGACAAUCAACAUCAAGAAGAGCCGAUAUAUCGUCCAAAGUCUCGAUGGCACGUUCACUGCCUUCCGCCACAACCAGCCGGACGGAGGCUUCAAGGUGUUUUACUACGCUGGCACACCCAAGACAGAGCCCCAGGGAACAAAGGACCUCCGCGGUGUCAGCACAUACUCAAAAGACCUCCUGCUUCUCAUCCGCCAGGAGUACAAGCACGGGAAUGUAUUGAACGAAUAUCACUACGACUACCGCGCCCCGAGCAAGAAGACUCUGACACUCAAACUAUCCGACUCGAAGAUCCCCAUGGGUCGUCGCUGUGUCCGCGGCGAGAACCAGCUCCAGAGCGUGCAGUACAAUCGCAAGGGUCUUAUUGAGGCCGGUUCCUACAUGAAGGAUGGCAAUCUUGUCCGCUUCAAGUACCAUUAUAGGAAGAACCCGCGGUUUGGUGACGAGUUGCUUCGCGCGGAGUUUGCGCUCUCGCAUAUUACUUGUACCGUUUCGUGGUGUGCGCCGCCUCUGAGGCACCCCGAGAAGGUCGACCGGUGGAUUCCUCAUGCUAAGGUCACGGAAGCUACAUUCGUGCAAGGGCCCGACGUCUACGAGGCGCGCUGGCUGUACGAUCACAAGUUUCACCCGACUAUUUUCACCACAUUGAAUGGGCAGAAACUGCAAACCCCGCCAAUGAUCGAGCACGAUUACCUUGCUGUCCUUGCUAAACCUAGGUUUACAAGUUUUGUGCAUGAUAACCCGCUCUUCUACUGCGAGAGUUUGAACUCGAAUAUCUUCACGCGGUUCUUCAGGCUUACCAGAAAGCGAUUUCCCGUCUCCACUUCUCGUGCUCGCUCGCUUAUUUGGAAGGCUUGGAAGGACAGGGCUGACUUUGAUGGCAUCACCGUCCGCUGGAUGGACGAGCGGCUUUUGCGAAGGGACAAGACUUUAGCACCAUACUGGAGCUGUCGUGACCGUGGUGACCUUGCCUCUGCGAAAAAGUAUCUCGAGCUACGUGCGGACAGUGUCACUGCCAGCGCGGACCUCGAUGACAGCAUCUCCAGCUGGACCCCAUUAGCAGUGAAGAUUAGCGAUCUCUUCAACUUUGGCCCCGGUGGAGACGCCGUGGUAAACACACGAUCGAAAGACUUCGGCUCUGACACUGAAAAGUCCUUGCACGUCAUGGCGGCCGAUAACGGUACCUGGCCAAACGAGGGAGGUGGUGUGUCCGCGUGUCGACGAGACAUGAUCAACUCUCUCCGCACGAUCAAAUGGCAUAUGAUUUGCGAGUCGGCCAAUGAUUUCGGCGUCCCCAAACAUCAAACGGAGCAGAACAUUCUUUCCCUCAAGGUGAUUCCCCUCUGGGGCAUGGACUUCCUAACACCAACCCACGGCCUGUUCAGAAACAAGCUCGACUCCGAGGUGGAGAGCGUCACGUCCGCGAAUGACAUGGAUAUCAAGAUGAACUUCAUCCCGAUCCUGACAGCCCUAGUCAAGGCCGCUCGUGCUGUCCAUCUUUCCAAGGCGGAUAUUCGUCAAGCUACCAGAGCUCUGGUCAACUUGAACACAUUUUUUCAGGAGUCACGACACUGGACACAAAUCUGGAACAGCAGUAUUGUCAAGGAGAGCUGGCGCGAACUGUGGCUUACACAGGAGAUGCCCAACACUGUUCCCUCGCAGGACUGGUUCGAUACGGAGUUGCCGACCCUCGGGACACUCGAUGUUGCGCUGGAGCUGUGGUACCGCUACCUGUUUAUCUUCUCGAUUCCCAUUCCGGAGAAGAUCCCCAGUGUGUUUCAAGCAUCGCAUCACAGCGUGAGCGCCUCUUAUGGAGUUGUCUGCAAGAUGAAGAGAAACUGUACGUUGCAGAUCUGGGAUCAUGCCAUUGCUUGGCGUGAGACUAAUCUCUGUCUCUCGUCUGCGCUCUGCAAGCUUUCGCCUUUCGUUCGGAAUGCACUGCUUGGAUUGAUGCGAGUCACGUCUGCUCUUACGCUGUAUCAUGCUGAUAUCGUCUCGCCAUGUGCUGAUUUCUUCAACCCAGGGUGGGAGGUGGAGAUAGGAACGUGCCAGGGCGCAAUCGAGCAUCGCAACAUCUUCCGCCGCAAAGUCGACCCCGUUGUCAAUGGUAUCACCGACAUGCAAAAGUUCGCUCCGGUCAAGGAGAUCAAGUCCGAACGCCCUACUGUCACGAUGUUGUCCCACGUCUGGUAUGCCAAGGACAUCAAGACGGCUCUUCUCGCCGCGGACAUCAUCAUCAACCAGUGGAAGUUCGAUGACUUUACGCUCGACAUCUACGGCGCUAUUGACAAAGCUCCAACAUAUUCCACCGAGUGCCAGGAGAUCAUUGCCUCCAAGGGCCUCCGAGGAAGAGCCACCCUGCGCGGCACAGCAGACCCCAUGAAAGUGCUUGAAAACACUUGGCUCUUCCUCAAUUCCUCCCUCUCCGAGGGUCUUCCGCUUGCCCUCGGAGAAGCAGCCCUAACCGGCGCUCCCGUUGUCUGUACUGACGUCGGUGCCUCUCUCCGGGUCCUUAGUGACCCCGAUGACUUCUCUCGCUUCAGCGCCGUCGUCGCCCCCAACGACGCGCUCGCCCUCGCUCGCGCCCAAAUCUCGAUGCUUGCCCUCAUUGGUGAAUGGGCCCCCUACGCCUCCGACGCUGAUACUCCGCACCUAAUCCCAACCCUACCUUCCUCCCCUACCCCCGCCGACGUCGAAGCUAUCACAGCCCGCAUGUACACCCAAGCCGAACAGCGCCGCAAGCUCGGCAUGAUGACCCGUAGAAUCGUCCAAAAGUCCUUCUCGGGCGACCGCUACCUCCGUGAACACGAGCAAAUGCUCUGGAUUGGCAAGUCCGCGAAACUCAUGGCCUCCCGUCUCCCUGGCAUGCACAACGAACCCGUCGACCUCGCCACAGCCAUCGAGCAGACCCUUCCCAUCGAGGAAGAGGUCAUCACCAUCCCUCGCUCGGCCGUGCACUCGUGGCGCUCCUCUGCGAUAUCUGGUAUGUCGACCCUUUAUAGCUCAGCAAACAACCCCACAUCCACCCUCAACAACCAAUACUCGGCCUACAACAACGGCACCGGCAACGGACACGGUAACAAUAACAACCGCCACAGCCACGGCUACAGCAUCACUCAGCGGCCCUCCUCUCUCUACUCCACCUUCUCCAACGCCUCCACAGACGCGUCCUCCUUCCUACCCCUACCAAACUCCCCCCUCCCCGUCUUCGCACCCCGCCAAUCCUUCCACUCACCUGCCACUCCCGGCGCCCGCGACCACCACCGUCGCUCAAACUCUGGGCGGCUAUCACCCAUGCUUGGUCGCCACGGCGCCGCAGCGGGCAACACUGGGGCUGGGGCCGGCCCCGGGGCCGCAGCAGGGCGAAGGUCACGCUCUGCCAGUCUUUCGACGGGGGGUCGUGAACAACUUCGCGGGCUACAAAGGGAGGAUCUUCAGCAGUAUCGCAAUUCCGACGUUAGCACCAUCAUGAGGGAGGAGUUUUGGCAGGCUCAGGCGGGGAGUGCCAGGGCGAGUGCUAGUGGGAGUGCUGGGAGUGCUGGGGGCGCUUGA